UCAGGCCGCCGCGCAAGCGCAGAGCUGAUCUGUCAGUCUUCCUCUCCCACACGCACGCGCACUGGCCUGUUUGUUUAUUAUUAGUGCGCGGAGGGAAGAUGGCGGCGUCCUCCCUGGAACAGAAACUCUCUCGUCUGGAGGCCAAGCUGAAGCAGGAGAACCGAGAGGCCAGGAGAAGGAUCGAGCUGGAGAUCAGCCCGCAGCGUCCACGGCCUAUUAUUCUCAUCACUCUAAGCCCCACGCCCGCUCCAUCCCAGCGAGCAGCCUUACAACUUCCUCUGGCCAAUGAUGGACACAGUCGCUCCGACAGCUCCACACAUCAUCACCCCUCGCUGCCCGUCCGACCACGGCACAUGUUGAACAUACCGCAAACCAACUACGUGACGCAGCGGAGCUUGGAGAGCACUGAAAUUGACCAGAAGCUGCAAGAAAUCAUUAAGCAGACUGGGUAUCUGUUAAUUGAUGGACAGAAAUACCAGGCGGAUAUAAAUGACCUGGAGAAUUUAGGAGAAAUAGGCAGUGGGACUUGUGGACAAGUGUGGAAGAUGAGGUUUAAGAAGACCGGACCUAUCAUCGCUGUGAAGCAAAUGCGCCGUUCAGGAAACAAAGAGGAGAACAAACGUAUUUUGAUGGAUUUGGAUGUAGUACUGAAGAGCCAUGAUUGCCCAUACAUAGUACAGUGUUAUGGCACUUUCAUCACAAAUACUGAUGUGUUCAUAGCCAUGGAGCUGAUGGGGACCUGUGCAGAAAAACUGAAGAAAAGGAUCCAGGGUCCCAUACCAGAGAGGAUUUUGGGAAAGAUGACUGUAGCAAUUGUAAAUGCCUUGUAUUAUCUGAAAGAAAAACAUGGAGUGAUUCACAGGGACGUCAAGCCCUCGAAUAUACUGUUGGAUGCUAGUGGACGGAUAAAGCUGUGCGACUUUGGAAUCAGUGGGCGUCUUGUGGACUCAAAGGCCAAAACCAGAAGUGCGGGUUGUGCUGCAUAUAUGGCUCCUGAGAGAAUCGAUCCUCCAGAUCCCACUAAGCCAGACUAUGAUAUCCGAGCAGAUGUGUGGAGUCUUGGGAUCUCAUUGGUGGAGUUGGCCACAGGUCAGUUUCCUUACAAGAACUGCAAGACAGAUUUUGAAGUUCUCACCAAAGUCCUUCAAGAAGAACCUCCAGUUCUCCCUCAUAAUAUGGGAUUCUCACCUCUUUUCCAGUCUUUUGUCAAAGAUUGUCUCACGAAGGAUCACAGAAAAAGGCCAAAGUAUAAUAAGCUUUUGGAACAUUCGUUCUUGCGUCAAUACGAGACACAAGAGGUAGACGUAGCCUCAUGGUUUCAGGAUGUCAUGGCUCGGACAGAGUCUCCAAGGAGCAGCACUCUCCUCAGUCCUCAGAAUCUUCCUUUUUUCGGCAGGUAGCAUCUGGCAAGGGAGGGGGAGGACCUACCCCUCCCCAACAUUAUCUGCAGAUGCGGGUUUCAGACUCAAAAGUGGAUAAUCGUGUAUUACGUGGUGUAUGGGGAGGGCGGGAGGGGGAGCUUCUUUUGAACAUUUCUCCUUGCAAGGGGAGGUCAACUCCCACUCCCUCACCAUUCUUCUUUUGGAGAUAUUUCAUUAUCCUUCACAUGUGAUCCCGAUACUGCAUAAUUCCCUUAUUGUUACAAGAGAUUGUCAACCCGCACAUUACUGCCCUCCUCUAACUAGGACUCUGCAUCAGAGUUGGAGAUGUCCAUCAGACUUUAUGGUUACUGUAGACCUGAAUAUACCACAUCUUGUAUGCAAGUUGUCCUACACAAAGUUCUAUUAACUGUCUACCGUUAGCUCUGUUCAGUCAUGUGGUAGCACCAUCGUGGUUCACAAUGGAGACUGUAUUUAAUUUUCAACAUGCUUGGAGUGUUCUAAUAAGUCACACUAUAGUCGGCUUGUUUUCUGUACACUUUAAUUGAAUACCUCCAGCACAUAUUGUCACUGACGUCUUGAUGGGGAGGGCAGCCUUGUGAUCAGAAAGAGGUUUCAAGAAAAUAACCACAAAAUUUCGGACAACACACAAUAAAUCAACAAGAAGAUGAAUUUGACUUUACCAAUCAAGUUCUCACUUUUUUUUUUUCUGUAGCAGCGGCUACUGUCAGGGACUUGAAUCCAUGGUCAGUGCUCUAAAACAAGUUCUUUGUCCUUGAAUGCAUGGAUAAGAAACACUAGAGCUUAGUUCCAUCACCAGGACUUUUUGAUUUUCUCCUCCAGCAUUGUUAAAAUGAUUGUCUACAUGGCACCUUAGAAUCCAAGCUUUGGAGCAUGGUCACAAAACUCGGCAGGGAGUCUCCAGAGAUCUGUUUCCGUGGUGGGAACGACGCGUUGCUGGACUUAUCGGAGACAUCUACCUAAGGUGAUGGUAGGAUCUAGUCAAGCUGACUCCUUGGUGCUUCCACCACACAGACUACAAUGGAGGUGGAGGAACUGCUUUCACAAAGGUCCUCUGCUGGCUCAGGAUGAAGUGGAAGAACCACCCAAGGCUUGGCACACGGUGAGGGAGUGGGAGCAAACUUGAGACUGAAAACCCAUAAAGAAUGGGACUCCUCAAACUCCAAUGAGUUGGUGGCAGUGGUAUGUUGUUGGACACUUGGGCAUUUUUUAUAUGCUGCCCUUACAGAUGGUAGAUGGGAAGUUUGCAUGUGAAAAAGGGAGGGGCAGGAGCAGCUCUGUUCCUGCCAGGAGGAGCUUUUUAAGUGCACGUGGAAGUGAGAUGAGUCGAGAACGGUGUAUGUAUGUUUGAAGAGGAGUUUCUAGGAGAACGUAUCUGCAAUGCAUUGCUCUUUGAAGCAGUCGAGCGACGCUCUGCCUGUCUUCAGAAUUCUUUAUAAAUGGGUCUAUAGAUGCAGUUUUAAUGCAUUAUCCGUUAAUUAAAUGUUAAUGAUGUGACUGCCCCCUUUCUCUAUAAGGGUGGAGCCAGGAGUGGUUCAAUGUGUGGGAGGGGCUUAAUAUGACUGUACCAAAGCUACAUGGUGAAAUGGGGGGUGGGGGGCUGCUGGGGGAUUUCCCACCGGUUUUAAUGUCUGUAAUUAUAUAUUCUGCGGUGUAGCAGGCACUCUGCUAUUCCGCAUUGUAGUGUGGGUGUGUGUAUGUGUGUUUCCUUGAUCCUCUCUUUCUAUCCCCACCACUUUAUCCUCUAUCCCCCCCCCCCCCCCCCCCCCAUCCUGCUUCCGUAUAUACUCUUUACUAUUCCUGUUGCAUGUGUCCAGCUGGCUUUUCUGUGGGUAAAGCCAUGUUUGAAAUAAACUCUGCUACAACACUC